AUGAACGGAUCUAUUCAUAUUCUUUUUAUCUUGGGUCUUUUAUUCUUCUUCGUUUUUAAUACCUCCGCUUCAUGCGGUCCUACUUCUUGCAGAUGCCCUGUAGGCACCAAACAAGGACAAUACUGUGGUGAGCAACUUCCUGAUCCUAAUUGCUUAGCCGGGUAUGUCUAUGAAUGCAAUCCUAGCGGUGCCGCAUGUGUUUAUGGCAUUCGAACUACCUGCGUUAAAUGUGGUUGUUUGCAAUGUCCUUGCCCAAUUCUUGUUCAU